CGGCACGGUGCUACUUAAAGGCGAGCGCAGCAAUCGCCAGGAGUCGUACAGCACAGCUCCCCAACCGGCAGUGAUCAGCGCGAAAAAAUGAAGUUCCUACUAGCCUUUGCUGUAAUGACCGUUGCGCUGGCACUGCCAAGGACAAAACGGGCAGCGUACGAGCUACCUGACGGCGCCGAAUUGCUGCUGGGCGGCGUCAAGACCUCGUUCCAGUGCCCGGCCAAGAACGGCUACUUCGCCGAUGUCGACAACGCCUGCCUCAUCUUCCACGUGUGCAACGUGGUGCCCAAAGACGACGGCAGCACCGAGGUGCAGCAGUACAGCUUCCUCUGCGGCAACCAGACCGUGUUCAACCAGCUCAGCCUGACUUGCGCCUUUGCCGAGGAGGCCGUUCCCUGCAACAAUGCGCCCGACUUCUUCUACGUGAACGACAACAUCGGCAACCCGACGGCGCCGUUCCUCACAGAGGCCGACGUGCAGAAGGCGGCUCCACUCAUACCGGGCUUCGGAGCGGGCGGUGGCGCCGGGGCUCAACAACCCGGCCGCAGGCCUUUCUAGGAAGGCUCUCACCCAGCAGCACCACCGCUCCCCCCCCCCCCCCCCCCCACCGCGCCUUUACACGUAGUAGGGCUAUAGUAUUAGCUGGGUUCAGCUUCUCUGGGGCCACAAAGGGCUAUUAAUCCUCGCCGCAAUAACAUUUUUCAACGACGGACUGCGACGGCCAGACAUAAUCGCCUCGGGAGCCCGGGAUCGCUUUCUUAUUCUUUCGACGGAAGGAAAACAUUCACCGAGGCGAAUCAGCGUGUGCCAACUUCGGCGACAACUUCAAGCGGGUUGAAGCUUGGACUUUGGCCUUUGCUCUUCGGUGCAACUUCCACCUACGACGGAAACGCAGAAACCGGACAUUGUCACCUCAGACUUUCCCAUGUAUCUUUAUUUGUUGCACACCUGUUCUUGCUUCCUUAUCAUUUUCCUGCUGUCACAUGCAUAUAUUUUUUAAUUCAUGCAAGGUUCGUCGACAAUGUCAGUUCGGUUGCAAAUGAUAUCGCGUGAUCUGCUGCGUUCUGUGCUCUGCGUACCUCAUUUCUUCUCUUGCUAACCAGCGUCCAAUUAUUUUGCUUUGGUGAAAGGACGACCUGUAGCCAGAAAUAUUUUGUUGCUCUUGGUGAAAGGCUUUGCUCAGCGGUGCUUUGCGUGUGAAGGAAAUACUCAAAUGGCAGCUGUGCUACAUCCCAUGCUCGCUUCAUUCCCAUCAUCUCAAACUAAGCGGCGAGAUUGCUUGGAGAAAUGUCUGGUCUUCUGGGGUACACUUACUCGCUUGCAUGGCUACGAGGAACAAAUGUACAUUGCUCACAUAAUGCAAAAACCUGUACUGUACAUUUUGCUUACAUAAAAUGUUUUGCUGAUAAUGCCUCUGUUUUGUGAAAAUUAUGCCCGGAAGGCUCGU